AUGGUGUUACACUGGCUAGCCCUGGUUAUACACUGUAGCCCUGGUUAUGCACUGUGUAGCCCUGGUUAUACACUGGAUAGCCCUGGUGUUACACUGGAUAGCCCUGGUGUUACACUGGAUAGCCCUGGUGUUACACUGGGUAGCCCUGGUUAUACACUGGGUAGCCCUGGUGUUACACUGGGUACCCCUGGUUAUACACUGGAUAGCCCUGGUUAUACACUGGGUAGCCCUGGUUAUACACUGGGUAGCCCUGGUUAUACACUGGAUAGCCCUGAUUAUACACUGGAUAGCCCUGAUUAUACACUGGGUACCCCUGGUUAUACACUGGAUAGCCCAGGUUAUACACUGGAUAGCCCUGGUUAUACACUGAGUAGCCCUGAUUAUACACUGGGUACCCCUGGUUAUACAUUGGAUACCCCUGGUUAUACACUGGGUAGCCCUGGUUAUACACUGGGUAGCCCUGGUUAUACACCGAGUAGCCCUGAUUAUACAAUGGGUAGCCCUGGUUAUACACUGGGUGGCCCUGGUUAUACACUGGGUACCCCUGGUUAUACACUGGAUAGCCCUGAUUAUACACUGGGUACCCCUGGUUAUACACUGGAUACCCCUGGUUAUACACUGGAUAGCCCUGAUUAUACUGGGUAG